GAGUCGCCGGGGUGGGGCCCGGCCAACUGUUUAUCCGCGGGUCACAUUGCCGUUCGCCUCAGUCUUUGGCCCCUCCCGCCGGGUGAGGUUGGCACCCGGUUUUUCCUGCUCUGAGAGGGACCGGUUGCCACCGCCAUACUUCUGUCGCCCUGUCGUCUGCGUUGCGACUGCUUUGGACGUGGGAGUCACCUGAAAGCCAGGAAAUGGACUCAGUGGCUUUCGAGGAUGUGGCUGUGAACCCCCAGGAGGAGUGGUCUUUGCUGGAUCCUUCCCAGAAGAAUCUCUACAGAGAAGUGAUGCAGGAAACCUUGAGGAAUCUGGCCUCUAUAGGAGAAAAAUUGAAAGACCAGAACAUUGAAGAUCAGUACAAAAAUCCCAGGAAUAAUCUAAGAAGUCUUCUGGGAAAGAGAGUCGAUGAAAAUACAGAAGAAAAUCAUUGUGGAGAAACUUCUAGCCAGAUUCCAGAUGACACACUGAACAAAAAAACUUCUCCUGGAGUAAAAUCAUGUGAAAGCAGUGUGUGUGGAGAAGUCUUCGUGGGUCAUUCUUCCCUUAAUAGGCACAUUAGAGCUGACACUGCACACAAGCCAUCUGAGUAUCAGGAAUAUGGACAGGAGCCAUAUAAGUGUCAACAACGUAAGAAAGCCUUCAGAUGUCACCCCUCCUUUCAAAUGCAAGAAAAAGCUCACACUGGAGAAAAACUCUAUGAUUGUAAAGAAUGUGGAAAAACCUUCAUAUCCCAUUCAAGCAUUCAAAGACACAUGAUAAUGCACAAUGGAGAUGGAACUUAUAAAUAUAAGUUUUGUGGGAAAGCCUGCCCUUGUCUCAGCAUAUAUCUUACACAUGAACGAGUUCACACUGGAGAGAAACCAUAUGAAUGUAAACAAUGUGGUAAAGCCUUUAGUUAUUCAACUUCCCUUCAAAUACAUAAAAGAACUCACACUGGAGAGAAGCCUUAUGAAUGUAAGGAAUGUGGGAAAGCAUUCGGUAGUCCCAAUUCCUUUUAUGAACAUAGAAGAACUCACACUGGAGAGAAGCCAUAUGAAUGCAAACAAUGUGGAAAAGCCUUCAGAUGGUUCCAUUCCUUUCAAAUACAUGAAAGAACUCACAGUGAGGAGAAGCCUUAUGAAUGUACCAAAUGUGGGAAAGCAUUCAAGUGUCCCAGUUAUCUUUGCAGACAUGAAGUGACCCACUCUGGGAAAAAGCCCUGUGAAUGUAAACAAUGUGGGAAAGCAUUAUCUUAUCUUAACUUUCAAAGACACAUGAAAAUGCACACUAGAAUGAGACCUUAUAAAUGUAAGACUUGUGGAAAAGCCUUUGAUUCUCCCAGUUCGUUUCGAAGACAUGAAAGAACUCACACUGGAGAGAAACCCUAUGAAUGCAAGCACUGUGGUAAAGCCUUCAAUUGUUCCAGUUCCUUUCACUAUCAUGAAAGGACUCACACUGGAGAGAGACCCUAUGAAUGUAAGCAGUGUGGUAAAGCCUUCAUUUCUUCCACUUCCUUUCGAUAUCGUGAAAGGACUCACACUGUAGAGAAACCGUAUGAGUGUAAGCAAUGUGGGAAAGCCUUCAGAUCUGCCUCACACCUUCAAAUGCAUGAAAGGACUCACACUCAAGAGAAACCCUAUGAAUGUAAGCAGUGUGGUAAAGCCUUCAUUUUUUACACUUCCUUUCGAUAUCAUGAAAGGACUCACACUGGAGAGAAACCCUAUGAGUGUAAGCAAUGUGGGAAAGCCUUCAGAUCUGCCUCACACCUUCAAAUGCAUGAAAGGACUCACACUGGAAAGCAACUGUAUGAAUCUAAACAAUGUGAAAAAACCUUUGGAUCUGUCAGAAACCUUCAAAUUCUUGAAAAGACACACCCUGGAGAGAAACCCUAUAAGGAAUGUGGAAAAGCAUUCAACAAUUUCUCUUCCUUUCAAAUACAUGCAACAAUGCACAGAGGACAGAAUGCCUAUGAAUGUAAAGAGUGUGACAAAGCAUUCAUAUCUGCCAAGAUCCUUCGAGUACAUGCAAGAACACACACUGGAGAGAAACCCUAUGAAUGUAAGGAAUGCGGAAAAGCGUUCAAUUAUUUUUCUUCUUUGCAUAUACACAAAAGGAUGCACACUGGAGAGAAACCAUAUGAAUGUAAGGAUUGUGGGAAAGCAUUCAGUUUGCCUGGUUCCUUUCGUAGACAUAAAAGGGCUCACACUGGAGUGAAACCGUAUGAAUGCAAGGAAUGUGGCAAAGCCUUCACUUCUUCUGGUUCCUUUCAGUGUCAUAAAAGGAUUCACACUGGAGAGAAACCCUAUGAGUGUAAGCAGUGUGGUAAAGCCUUCAUUUCUUCCACUGCCAUUCGUAGACAUGAAAGGACUCACACUGGAGAGAAACCCUGUGAGUGUAAGCAAUGUGGAAAAGCCUUUAUUUCUUUCAGUUCCAUUCAGUACCAUGAAAGGACUCACACUGGAGAGAAACAGUAUGAGUGUAAGCAAUGUGGUAAAGCCUUCAUGUCUUCUACUGCAUUUCAGUAUCAUGAAAAGACCCACACCGGAGAGAAACCCUAUGAAUGUAAGCAAUGUGGGAAAGCCUUCAUUUCUUCCAGUAGCCUUCGAUAUCAUGAAAGGACUCACACUGGAGAGAAACCCUAUGAAUGUAAGCAGUGUGGUAAAGCCUUCAGAUCUGCCACUCAACUUCAGAUGCAUAGAAAGAUUCACACUGGCGAGAAACCCUAUGAAUGUAAGCAAUGUGGGAAAGCCUACAGAUCUGUCUCACAACUUCGGGUGCAUGAAAGGACUCACACUGUAGAGCAACCCUAUGAAUAUAAGCAAUAUGGGAAAGCCUUCAGAUCUGCUAAGAACCUUCAAAUACAGACAAUGAAUGUAAACAAUUAAAUGUUUAUAGCAGCUGCAUACUAACAUGUUAUUCUGUAUUUUUUUUUUCUUUUUGAGAGAGUCUCGCUCUGUCACCCAGGCUGGAGUGCAGUGGCGUGAUCUCAGCUCACUGCAAGCUCCACCUCCUGGGUUCAUGCCAUUCUCCUGCCUCAGUCUCCCGAGUAGCUGGGACUACAGGCGCCUGCCACCACACCCGGCUGAUUUUUUGUAUUUUUUAGUAGAGAUGGGGUUUCAUCGUGUUAGCCAGGAUGGUCUCAAUCUCCUGACCUCGUGAUCCGCCCGCCUCAGUCUCCCAAAGUGCUGGGAUUACAGGUAUGAGCCACCACGCCUGGCCGUUAUUCUCUAUUUUUUGUUGUUGUUGUUUGAGAUGAGUCUUGUUCUGUUGCCCAGACUGGAGUUCAGUGGCAUGAUCUCGCCUCACUGCAAGCUUCGCCUCCGGGUUCAAGCAAUUCUCCUGCCUCAGGCUCCUGAGGAAAAAGAUUCCUAGGAUUACAGGUGUGCACCACCACACUUGGCUAAUUUUUAUAUUUUUAGUAGAGAUGAGGUCUCACCCUAUUGGCCACACUGGUCUUGAACUCCUGACCUGAAGUGAUCCACCUGCCUUAGCCUCCCAAAGUGCUGGGAUUACAGGCAUGAGCCACUGCACCCAGCUGUUAUUCUCUAUUUAAUUAAUUGAGAAGCCAUAAUAAAAUAUCUCAGUGCCAUCAUGCAUUAGAUCAAGUUUAUGUUACCACAUUAUUUUUUGGACAUUGUGAGUCAAUAUUACAAGUGGACAAAAUACCAGGCAUCUUUUUCUUCAUGUAAAUUUUAAUUUUCAUGCUUAUAUACUUAGAACAUUUAUCUUGGUCCUAAUUUUUUGUUCACUCAUAAGACCAAAAGUUAUCUCAUGUUCUUCAGAGUGACUUUGUGCCAUAUCCCACAGUGGCAUACCUGUCUUCAAAGAGGGUAUAAUUCACAAAAGGACUUACACUAGAGGAAAACCCUAUGAAUGUAAGCUGCAUGGGAAAGCAUUUUCUGAUCUGAGUGGCGUUGAAACCCACAUGGUAUUGCACACGACAGAUAGGCCUCUCUCCCCGUUCAUUUCUUUUUUUUUGAGACGGAGUCUUGCUCUGUCGCCGAGGCUGAGAACAGUGGUUCCAUCUCUGUUCACUGCAACCUCCACCUCCUGGGUUCAAGUGAUUCUCCUGCCCCAGCCUCCCAAGUAGCUGGGGUUACAGGUGCCCGCCACCAUGCCCAGCUAACUUUUGUAUUUUUAGUAGAGACGGGGCUUCACUAUGUUGGCCAGGUUCGUCUCGAACUCCUGACCUCAGGUGAUCCACCUGCCUCAGCCUCCCAAAGUGCUGUGCAUACAGGCGUGAGCCACUGCGCCCGGCCUUCUCCCCAUUCACUUUCAAAGACAUAAAAGGAUGCACAAUAAAGAGAGACCCUCUGAAUGCAAGCAAUAUGGAAAAGCAUUCCAUUGUAUCAGAUCCUUUUGUAGCCAUGAAAGAACUCGCUGAAGAGAAACCCUGUAAAUGAAGGGAAUGUGAAAAGCCUUCAUUCCUGAAAUGAAGCAAUUCAUACUAUUAAUAUAUGAGAGAAAUCCUAUUAAUAUAAGAAAUUGAUUGCUGUGCAUGGUAGCUUACCUGUAAUUCUAGCACUUCCAGAGGCCAAGGCAGGUGGAUCACUUGAGGUCAGGAGUUCAAUACCAGCCUGGCCAACAUAGUGAAACCCUGUCUCUACCAAAAAUACAAAAAUUAGCCAGGCGUGGUGGCGCAUGCCUGUAGUCCCAGCUACUCAGGAGGCUGAGGCAGGAGAAUCACUUGAACCCAGGAGCUGGAUGUUGCAGUGACCCAAGAUUACGCCACUGUACCCCAGCAGAGUGAGACUACAUCUGAAAAAAAAAAGCGAGGGGCCGGCACGGUGGUUCACGCCUGUAAUCCCAGCACUUUGGGAGGCCAAGGCAGGCAGAUCACCUGAGGUCAGGAGUUCGAGACCAGCCUGGCUAACAUGGCAAAACCCCAUCUCUACUAAAAAUACAAAAAAUUAGAUGGGCGUGGUGGCACAUGCCUGUAAUCCCAGCUACACGGGAGACUGAGGCAGGAGAAUUGCUUGAACUUGGGAGGCGGAGGUUGCAGUGAGCCAAGAUCACAGCAUUGCACUUCAGCCUGGGCAACAAGAGUGAAACUCCAUCUCAAAAAAAAAAAAAAAUUGAGGAAGCAUUCAGUUGUCCCACUUCCUUUCAAACAGGAAGAGACACUAGAGAGAAACCCUCUGAGAUAACUGACUGUUGAGUUAAGAAGAGAGGCCUGGCCGGGCACAGUGGCUCACGCCUGUAAUCCCAGCACUUUGGGAGGCUGAGGUGGGCGGAUCACGAGGUCAGGAGAUCAAGACCAUCCUGGCUGACACGGUGAAACCCCGUCUCUACUAAAAAAUACAAAAAAACUAGCUGGGCAUGGUGGUGGGCGCCUGUAUUCCCAGCUACUCGGGAGGCUGAAGCAGAAGAAUGGCGUGAAUCCAGGAGGCAGAGCUUGCAGUGAACCGAGAUCGCGCCACUGCACUCCAGCGGCGACAGAGCAAGACUCCGUCUCAAAAAAAAAAAAAAAAAAAAAAAAGAAGUCUGACAGGACAAUAAAAUCUAGAAAUGGAGUUGGAGGAUGUCAUGAUACAAUUCACCAGUGUCCUAUCUUACAUGCGAUUUCAAAGGCAGACAAGAGGAAGUCAUCAGUCACAUUUUAGAGGCACCAAACAGGUGCCACAUCCAUACAGGCUGACUCCCUGCUCCCAGCCCAUUUUUUUCUGAAUCUUUGGCUUGCCAAUCAAGAAUGUCCUCAAAAUUUGCUCAGAGGUGUGGGCCUUUGGGUAAAGGUGUCUUCAGAAGCUCCACAUUAAAGAUCCAUCAGUGGUUAAGGGCAAAUUGAAGAGAAAAAAAGACUAAGAAGUUUUUUAAAAGACUGAAAGAAUAGAACAAUGAAAAAGCCCCAUCUGUAAUACGGUUUUUCUUUUUCUUUUUUUUUGAGACAGGGUCUCGCUCUGUCACCCAGGCUGGAGUAGAGUGGCAUUAUCCUGGCUCAUUGCAAUCUGGGCCUCCUGGUUUCAAGUGAUUCUGGUGUCUCAGCCACCUGAGUAGUCAGGAUUACAGGUGCACACCACCACGCAUGGCUAAAUUUUUAUAUUUUUAGUAGAGAUGGGGUUUCACCAUGUUGAGCAAGCUGGUCUUAAACUCCUGACCUCAAGUGAUCCGUCCGUCUUGGCCUUUCAAAACGCUGGGAUUAUAGGCGUGAUCCACUGUGCCUGGCCUGGUGUUUCUUUAGGUAUAAUGUCUUUACCAGAGAGCUAAUGCAGACUGUCAUGGGUGAGAUUGUUCUCUGAUGUUCAAUUCCCCUACUUUGUAUAUUGAGUCAGUAUGAGAUGCGAUUUGUUUGGCAAGCACCUUUGUUCCUGCUGUUACUGACCCUUAUCUUGUAGCCUCACAGCUACUAUGCUUUUGUCCAGUCCAACUAGAUAGGAGCUUCUUCCUCUGCUGCAGUGACUGGUCUCACCCAGGACUUUCAGGAAGGUGAGAAUAAGCACCUUCCUCCUUCCAGGAAGUUUUGAGUGUUUCCUGUGUUUCAUUUCUGAAUGUAAUGUUUCCAUUUAUUUUCAAUUACGUUUGAUUAUAUUUGAUUAAAAACAAUAAUUUUUUUGGCAACCAAGAUUUCUGUACAUGUGUCAUAGAAAUAGUUCAACUUUUCCACAACUGUAUACUGACAAACAUUAUUCUUAAUUAAUUCAGUAGCUAUAUUAAAAUAUGUAUUAGAUCAA